AGAGAGGGACGGUUUGUGGGUUCAGUAGACCACUACCAAUCCUCGUUGAUCAAUACAAAUCAUCUCGACACUCGGCAUCUCCUCAUCCACCAUUGCAGCCUCCCCACACACGACCCACGGCCCGUACACCCAAUCCAGAUGAUUCUGGCGAGCCGAGCCCAUAGCUUGGUAUAAGCGCCGCACCAGCCCAACCCCCGCCGCCGUCUCCAUCAUGACAGAUUCUACUCCGCAAACAAUGUUGUCAACCGCCGUCAGACCAACACCCCUCGCAUCAACUAUGCCCCGGUCGGGCUGGAAACAACAACCACCAGCCGGCCCGGCAGCAGCCGUUGGCGGCGGCGGCCCAUCGUCCGCUGCCGCCGCUUCACUCACGCCAAAGCGCGACCGCGGCGCUGACUCGCACGACGAAUCCCACAAAUCAAAAAAGGCAAAGCGAAAAGGUGGCAAGGCCUGUGUCUACUGCCGAAGAAGCCAUAUGGUCUGCGAAGGCGGCCGGCCUUGUGAACGAUGCAUUAAGCGCGACAUUGCCCACUUAUGCCGCGACGUCACUCCGCCGUCGUCAGCAAAGAAGCCAGACCAGCCCGCCGCACCCGUCAUUCCAAAGACGGAGCCACCACCGCUCGUGUUCGACACUGGCUCGUCGUCAUGGCCGCUGCUGCCCCCCAGUACGACAGCGCCAGAACCGCAACAGCCCGAGGCACCGGCGCCGCCGCCAGCGCUCGACCUCGGCGUCAUGACGCGCGACGUCAGCAACGUCUCGAGCGGCGGCUGGGGCGUCGGCGACAACGCCGAGUUUGGCAUCCUCUCUGACAUGCUCAAGACGCUCCGUGUCCCCACACUGCCUGGCGGCUUUGUCGACGUGCUCUCCCAGGUCGUCCGCCGCGGCAGCAACGACCCCUCGCUCGCCGGCCCCCAGCUCGCUGGCGGCACCAGCUCAGCCCUCCAGUUGCAGGGCGCGGCCCCAGCGCAGAGCAGCAGCAGCUCGUCGGCGAGCGGACAAGCUCCGCCCGCCGCGGCCGAUGCCAAGGGAAAGGGCAAGGCAGAGCCCUUCAGCAGCAUCUCGCGUAUCGAACAGUACCUGCUGGCCGCUGCCGACCAGCCCGAUGGAACUCGUGCCGCACGAUUGACACAGGUCAUCCGAGCAAAGUACGAGGCCGGCUUGCUCAAGCCAUACGACUAUAUCAAGGGCUACGAACGGAUGAACCGCUGGAUGGACUCUGGCCGCGCCGCCCGCAUCGAUGCCAGCAGAGCGCCGUCGCCGACAAAAGGCAACAAGCGCUACGUUGUCCCGCCACCGCCAAGUGGAAGCAGCAUAUCGCCGGAUUCUCGGCGACGCAUCCUCGCCGCUUUGGAAGUCUUCCGACCAAAGUUCAGACGAAUCGCCAAGGAGCUCACAGAUCUCGACCUCGUGUUUGUCGAGGAAGCCAACGAGCGUCUCAUGCUCCAGUACGACCGUGCACUGGCAUCCAUCCACACGCCAAGCUGCAUCUGGCGCCGUACCGGCGAGAUCCAAAAGGCCAACCAAGAGUUUGCUUCUCUCACCGGCAUUCCGGCGCCGUUGUUCCGCAACGGCCAGUUGUGCGUCUACGAGCUCAUGGACGAGGACAGCGCUGUGCGCUUCUGGGAAGGAUAUGGCAAGGUUGCGUCCGAGAAGGGCCAAAGCCACCUGUACACCUACUGCACCCUCAAGAUCCCUCUGUCACUCACCCGGGCGCAGCAGUCACGCACACAAGGCAACACGCCGUCUGUCGUGCCAGUCUCGCAGCACGGCUCGGUGCCCGACUUGAUGCUGCCCCAGGCUGCUGUUGGACCACUGGGUCCCUCUGGCCAGCCGGGCGGCACCAUUGACGAGGAGUACCGUGUCAUCCGGACAUGCUUCAGCAUGACUAUCCGGCGCGACCGCUACGAGAUUCCUGUGGCCAUCAUGGGACAAUGGAUUCCUAUUCUCUAAAUAUUGAUUUUUCCCUUUGUCUUAACACUGUUUUCUUUUGGUCUGCCCGUAUGGCUAGCUCUCCCCUAGAUUGUAGCAUUGCAUGGGAGAUGGAUGUUGUGUUGUUGAGG